AUGCCACCUGCAUCAUCACCACGUCGUGCUGAACUUCCUCCUCGUCCUCCACCACCUCGAGAUCCUCGAGACUAUCGUGAUUCAAGAGAUGCUCCAAAACGACGACUAUCACCUGAUCGAUCAUGGUCGACAUAUGCGAGAAGAAGAGAUGAUCGUGAUGUUCAUCGAGGAUCACGAGAUUACUACGAUAGACCUAUCAGUUCUAAUGGAAGUCAGAGUCCCCGAGAUUACCGAGAACGUGAGAGGGACAGGGAUAGGGACAGGGAAAGAGAAAGAGAAAGGGAUAGAAUAUUGGAUUCGACUUCACGUUCUCCAGUGAAAAGGGAAAGAGCACCUAGUGGGUCACCUGAAGAAGGUCAAAUCUCUGCAAGACGAUCACCACCGAGAAGAUCACCUACACUAAAGAGAUAUGACGAUCGUGAUACCGAGAGAGAGAGGGAAAGGGAAAGGGGUUUUGACGAUGUACGAAGGAUGAGGGACAGAUAUGAUCCUCCUCGAAGAGAUUAUCGUGAUCGUGAUUAUGAUCGUGUAGACCGAGACAGGGAUAGGGACAGAGAACGAGAAAGAGAUAACAUACCUCGACGUGGUUUCCCAGAUUCUCAUUCACCUUAUUCCCCUCGUCGGUCCCUAUCGCCAUCCGUAUCACCACCAAGAAAACCUUCUCGUUUACCAAGCCCUACCAGACGUCUUUCGCCACCUCGCAUACCUCGUGGACCAUCAGAACGUAGGGUUCCUGGAUUAGAAGACAGAACUAUACAUACACCUCUACCGACAAUCCCUCGUUCUCCCGCUCCGGUCCCUGCCGCAAAGACAGGAACUAUUAUUCCUCCAUGGGAAUUACGCAAAGUGUCAGCUGGAAGGACUUCAUUACCACCUGACGCUCCGAAGACAGAGAGGUUAGAGAGGAUGGAAAGAGAAAAGUUGAGACCUGGAGUCAAGAAUAUACCAACAGGUCCUUCGAGUCUUCCUCCUAUACCUCAAGCUCCGUCAGGAAGAGGUGGAGGAAUACAGACAAUGAAAGCGGAACCCAUGUCAGCUGGGACAGGAGAUAAGAGCACCUCGAACCCACCCGCAGGCAGAGUAUCUUGGUCAGCGAGGAAGGGUGAAGGACAAGGAGAAGCAUCUCCCCUUCAAAGCUCAACUCCGGCACCUUCAAAUGACAACAGAGUGGACAGACCUGAUCUCCCUAUUCCCAGUGCAUCGGACAAACCCAGCCCCUAUGUUACUGUCAAAGUCGAAGUCGGACAUGGUUCGAAUCCCUACGCCCCAUCGCCAGUGCAGGGAACAUCACACUCAACUCCAGUACGACCUUUCACUCCACCUUUGAUUAGUUCACCUAUGCCUCACAUCAAACAAGAACCUUCCGAACCUCCCCCUCCUGCUCCGCCCACCCCCGCACCGAUGCCUCCACCUCUGCCUGCGAAAGACCCAAGGGAGAUUGAGGUGGAGCGGAUCAUGUUCGAACUUCCACCGCUACGCGUUUCUUUCGGUGAUCCUGUAAGAGAGGCAGAACUGACGGCACAUCUGAAACAUAUGCAGACUCUGCAAAACAACACCAUGCAAGCACGAACCGCAUACCGGCACGCAGCCACUGUGCUCAUCGAUGCUGAGGCCGAACGAUUGGCGGCGAUGGAGAGAAGACAUGUUACGGAAGCCCAGCUGGCGCAGGCCGCAGGGCAAGGAAUGAGUAUCAGUCUUCUCGGAGCUCUGACAUGA